AUAGAUACUCUAGUUGGAACGGUGGUUAGCAAGUCCCAUGCGUGCCACCCAACCGGGGAGAGUGGCCGAAUGGGGGAAGCGGCGCCGUGAGGGCGCUCAUCACUUCUCAUAUCCCCAUCAGUACCACAUUGCUCUCCACAAGUGUACCAGCCGAUCCCAUCAGGCAUGCAAGCCAUUGCCAGCCAAGGCCUACUGCAUGCUCGUAGAAACGCAUGGCCCUCCCAGCCUGGCGUUGGGUAGACAAGUACUUUGGCUGCAGCGCGUGCAGGCCAUUUCGUUGUCACUGGUCAGAUCCCAUAAAUCCAUCUCGAUCUUACUGUGCUGACGUGGAAAACGAAUGUGGUGCAGGGGGGCACACGAUCGGGGUGACGCACUGCGACAAGUUCGUGCGGCGGCUGUACACGUUCAAGGGGGCGCGGCCGCAGUACAGCCCGCCGAUGAACCUUGCCUUCCUGCGGCAGAUGCGGGGGACGUGCCCGCUCAACUACAGCCCGGCCACGGUGGCCAUGCUGGACGCCGUCACGCCCAACAGGUUCGACAACGGCUACUACCAGACACUGCAGCAGCAGAAGGGCCUGCUGUCGUCGGACCAGGUGCUCUUCACCGACCGCCGCUCCCGGGCCACCGUCAACCACUUCGCCGCCAACCAGACCGCCUUCUUCGACGCCUUCGUCGCCGCCAUGGCCAAGCUCGGCCGCAUCGGGGUCAAGACCGCCGGCUCCGACGCCGAGAUCCGCCGGGUCUGCAAACAAGCGAGGAACCCUAACCCCUAA